AUGAUUCCCAUGCUAAUUUGGUUCAUUUUCAUUGUGCUGAUAGCGCUGCUAGCAUGUCUAGCAAUCAAAUUUUUGGCUAAACAAAAUGGAGCAGAUACAAUCAAAAUGGAUGUCCGAAUGACCAAAGAUGGAAUGAUCAUCGUCCUCAGACCGGAUAGCAUUCUCACUGACAACGCCACCUACGCAAUAAGUGAGACUCAUUGGAUUCAAAUAAGCCAGCUUAAUGUCUAUGGUGGCAACAAUGGAACAAUUCUAUCAUUCGACGAAGCUGUGUCAUGGUGUGAGGCCAACAAGAUGAACAUGAUUUGGCACCUUCCUGACUUUUCUGGCGAUCUGCUCACAUACCUCCGCAACAAAAUCAUGCAGGACAGCUUGUAUAGCAAGGUUGCCGUGACAACUUAUCACUCGUUGGUGGCCCUGAAAAUGCGUUUUACGGAUACACAGUUGUUGAUAGGACUGGUCUGGAAAAGCAAUGAGUUUUCAAUUCAAAAUGGAACUGCUACUGGGACAAUGUACACUGCUUGGUUCUUCUCGAUGAUGGAUUCAUUCACCUAUUGGGGAGUUAGAUCCCUCCUGGUUCCCAGUUUCCUUGGAGUCGAUUUCUUGGUGACCAGUGUCGAGGAUGCCGAUAGAGCUUUGAUCCUAGAGUCCGCUGCAUCUGGUAUCAAAACCAUUAUCUAUGAUAUGGCUACAGUUCAAGAACGGAACUAUUUUGCACGUCAAAUGCAGCUUCCAAUGAUUGUCGAUGAUCUUGUCGAGCUACUGGGAACAACCUCUCCGGCGUCCGCUUCAAAUAAUUCUAGUCGAAAAUCAAACAGAUUUUCGUAA